CUCAUCAUGAAGAUUAUAUAAUACAAUUUGCCAACGCCUGUAAUUAUUCAUAAAAUUUUGCGAUGAACACCUCGUGGGAGUAGCUAUACCGACUCGGACGCUUAACGAAUUGAUAAAAUUUCUUCCCCAAAUGUAAACCAUAUAACGAGAAAAUUUAAACAAGUUAUAAUAUAACUGCAGUGUCUAGUGGGUGAUUUGGCGGGGGGUGGUUGCUUCCGAAGGAGAGCUCUUGCCAUCGCCACCCAGGAACGGUCUGACCAGCAAGGCUUCCAGCCGACCUUUUAUUGCUGGACAUUACGAUGGUCAGUGACGCUAAAGAGGUUUUCACACCGGGGAGUGUCGAGGUUUACGACCGAACAGGGAUACGAUUGCUGGUAUUUCCAGGAGCAUGGGCUCUCGGUGAUGGUCUUUUCGCAGUAGGCGCUUCGCCCCCAACCUACGUUGUGUUAAAAUCGCUGAUAUAGGCCCCGAAUCAGGCCCUCCUGACGCACUCGGGCUCCGUUUGCGCAGGAGGCUCACGUCUACAUCGACGGAUCGCCAGAACGGCAGUUGGAGCGAUCUUUUCCAUCGCCUCAAGGCACAGAGGAUUUUGGCACGAAAGCCCUUCGAAUAGCGGGCUCGUGGGGAGAGAACCUGCGAUUGUACCUCACGGAAUACCCCAGUCCUCGGGCAGGGUCUCCCUACAGGAACAGGAGCGGCUCCUCUUCGGCGGUGGUGGACGACCUGAGCCCUGCGAACUCUUUCACUGCCCCUAAAACUGCGGGGAGCGGAGCUCAUGCGCAGUGCCCAUGGUUCGCCGGGACCGACAAUAACAAGAAGAAUGACUGA